AUCCCGUCGACGUCGGAUUCGCGAUGUUUGCACGCGUUCAGUCGAGUAUUCAGUCGAGGGCACAAGUCGCUCAGCACCCAACAGACGACAAUUUGAGCUGACAAAACUGUCGCCAUGUCUUCACAAUCGGCCUACCAGCUACCCAUCUCUUUUCGCAAAUCCACCCAACUGUCCUUUGCCCCCGCUGUUCGGCAAUACAUAUCCAACAAAUAUGACCAACACCCGGACAUGUUCCGUCAGGACAUCGAGGUCAUCGAUGCUCUACGACGCGAUGCCAUCAACGUCCGAGAACCCCAUACAAGCGGAAUCAGGAAGUUGCAAGCUUAUGCCGCGCAGCUAGUCUGGAUUAGCGGCAAAUUUCCUAUUGAUAUCGGAGCCGACUUCACUUGGUACCCCGCCCUGGGUUACAACACCGAUCGACCUCUAGUUCAGAACAACCUGCAGUAUGAGCUUCUUAAUGUGCUCUACAACCUCGCUGCCCUUUACUGCCAGCUCGCUCUCUCCACCAACGCCAACGGAGAUUCCAACGCUAUCAAGACGGCGGCCAACUACUUCUCUCACGCCGCCGGUGUGCUCAGUCACAUGAAGACGGCCGUGUUGCCUCAGUUGCGGAUGCCAUCCCCACCGGAAGAUAUGGAUGAAGCCACACUCGAGUCUUUGGAGCAGUUGAUGCUAGCUCAGUGCCAGGAAUGCUACUGGCAAAAGGCCGUGGCGGAGGGUUACAAGGACGCUACCAUAGCGAAGCUUGCUGCUCGCGCCUCGGACCUGUACAACUCGGCCGCUGAGGCAGCCAUGAAGAGCGAGGCCAUUAGCUCUGCGUGGAUCCACCACAUAAGUGCCAAGCAUCACCACUUUGCUGCCGCUGCGCAAUACCGCGCCUCGCUCGACUGUCUCGAGAAGCGUAAAUUCGGCGAGGAGAUUGCCCGGCUGCAGGAUGCCGUUGCGUGCGCAAACGAGGGCCUGAGAGAGGCGCGCGGAGGAUAUCUCAAAGAGGGUGUGGCUGAGGAUCUGAGGAGGCUCAAGAUGAGGGCAGAGGAAGAUCUGAAGAGGGCCGAACACGACAACGACAUGUUGUAUCUGCUGCCGGUACCCACAAAGCCUGAGCUCAAGAUACUGGACCGCGCAAACUUGGCAGUCGCUCGGAUUCCGGCUCAAGUGUCUGCUCCUGUCGACCAUAUUGGAGAAGAAGCCGAGUUCGGACCUGCACUGUUCUCAAAGUUGGUGCCCUACGCCGUCCAUAUGGCUGUCUCCAUUUAUGAGGAGCGGCGUGAUCGUCUCGUCAAUAACAACAUUAUCCAUGAGCUGGAGGUGCUUACUGAGCGGAUGCAUGAGAUUUUGAGCUCGCUGAAUCUGCCCGGCUCGCUACAAGCACUGGAGAAGCCUCUAGGGUUGCCAGGCCCUCUUAUACAGCACGCGGAGGAAAUCAGACAGGCGGACGGUAUUAAUCGGAUCCAACGAAGUUUUGCCGACAUUGACAAGCUUCGAUCGAGCGACAUUGCCGUGUUUGAGGAGGGCAAGUCCCUUUUGGUUACUGAGGAAGAAGAGGAUCAGAGGUUACGUCGGAGAUAUGGUACUCAGCGGUGGGCUAGACCCGAAUCUCGUCAAGAUCCGGCCGGUGGUCAGAAGCUAUGGGCCCAAGUGGGUGAAAUCGAGGGUUAUUUUGCAUCCUCGACUUCAUCCGACGGCAUUGUUAGGGAAAAAUACCUCGCUAUCGAGGAUACUUUGAUGGUCCUCUCUGGGUCUGAUCGAUCUUUGAUGGACUUUGUACCCUCAAGCCGCCGCACCGAAAUACCAGAGUCGGUCAAGCCAGCACUUGGCAGGCUUCGAGGCGCAUACAACGAUGUCCUUCGAAUGGAAAGCAGACGCCGGAAGCGUGUCGAGGCGCUGCGAGAACGCGCUCGCUCUGAUGACAUCAAGCCAGACAUACUCCGUGAGACGGGCAGACUGGAGCGUGCAUACCCAGGCACUACUCUGGCGACCGCCCAUUUUGACGAUUUCUUUGAGCGACGCCUGGACUCGCUGUACGAAGACGAUUUGGCACUGCUCGAGCGAGAAACGGCUGAGCAGGAAAAGUGUCUCAACGAGGUCAGUAGGGUGAACCGCGAGUUUGAGUCGCAGAGGAGGGCGGCAGGCGCAGACAAAGCUGGUGGCAAGGAGCGCGAGGCUGCGCUGCAGAAGCUCGACUCGGCCUUUUACAAGUACAAGGAAAUCGUCAGCAACGUCGAGGUUGGUCGCAAGUUUUACAAUGACCUCAGUAAGAUCGUAGGGACGUUCCGCGACACUUGCCGGACCUGGGUUGCAGAGAGACGUAAAGAUGCAAGGAGUCUAGAAGAUGAGAUAUCAAUGCCACCGCUCGGCUCCCUCAGUCUUCAGCAGACUCCUUCACAGCAGCCACAGCAAUAUUACUCGCAGCCGCAGCAGCCUCGCAGUCCACCACAGGAGGCGCAUCACUCGGCCUGGGCUGACACCGGCAGCAUGCCGCCGCAGCAGCCUCGACCCCUUCCGGCAGCCAACGUUCAGCAGACUUGGUCUCAAAACAUGCCGAUCCAAUUCGGUGGGCCGUCUGGCACGGCGCAACAAGCUCAGCCUGCUCAGGCUGGUGCAAAGAAACCUGUUGGUGGAACGUGGGACCCUAGCGCGGGUAUUCGUUUUGGCUAGCUGGAAACCUGUAGUCUUUGUCGGGGUGCUAAAUCAUCGUCCUUUCAAGGCAGCCGGCGCCCUAAAAUUGCCAUAGAGUGCAUACUGCUAAUUAGAUUAAGCUAUGUAAUGCUAUUUGUCAUGCGACUACAGCAAGUGUAUGAUUGUACACAUUAUAGUAUGUAUUUGCACGUGUUUGCUUCUACCUCACCACAAUGGUAACAACAAUACCCCAGCCACUCAUGCUCUCCCACACCCCAAAGUCAUUUUCUCGCCUAAACGUAACCUCAUCAGCCCUGACAGUCAUCUUGACACCGUCAUCUUGCUCCAAUACGGGCGAUACCGGAGAAGCGGCGGCGGCGGCAGCAACCGGCGAGGCUGGCGCCGCCUUUGAGGAGCUCGACUUCUUGCGCCACAGACCCCAGCCGCUCUUCUUUUCCUCUUUUGCUUGCACGACCGCGGCCUGUACCUCACGCCGCUGCAUCUUGACGGGCGGCCGAGGCUGGAGGUGCGCCGCCAACCGCGCCGCCAUGCGCUCGUCCCGCCACCACCACAACGGCGACCCGCCGGCACCCCCAGCGGCAGCCGCCGCCUCGGCGUCCUCGUCCCACCGGCCCCACUCGUCAAACUGCGUCGACGUCCAGUCCCGCUCCGGCCGGAGACUCGACCCCGUCGACGCAGACGUCGCCUCGGCCACUGCUCCUCCCAACCCACUCCCACCUUUGCUGUCAGUGCUGCGUGGCGGCUCCCUCGGCCUCCCCUUCUCAUCGACCCCACCCAUCGACGGAGCAGCAGACGCACCAGGCACGGCCAGGCGCACGAGGUGGACGAGCUCGCCCUCGCGCCUGCGCUCGGCGGCGCCGCUGAGGGCCCAGGCGGGCGGGACGGCGGGCGCAGGCACGAUGGUGAGCUCCGCGGCCGUGGUCGGGGAGUGGGCGUCGACGACGUCGGCGAUGAAGGCCUCGACGUGCGGCACGAUGCGCUCCACCAGGUCCAGGUCGGACAGCGCCUGGCGCGUCGCCCGCGCCGACUGGGUCUGGCGCAGCCGGGUGGAGAAGAGGCUCGAUAGCUGCGUCGCGAGGUGGGAGCUUGGGACUGAGGAGGAUGGGCUGGGGGUUCCGUCUGUCGAGCGGGAGGGGAUGGUGGAGGUUGUUGGGUGGGCGGAUUCGGAGUAGGGAGGUGGUGCGGAUUCGGAGUCUUCUUUGGACAUUUUGGGAAUCGUCUUGAUUUUGUGGUUUUUUUUUUUUUUUGCUGGAGGGGGUUUU